AUGGAUGUACUAUUUAGCAGAGAUAAGAAAGAACAACCGGAGCCUGUAAAGGCCAGAGUGACAGGCAAGAUUCCAACAUGGCUGCAGGGAAUCCUUCUUCGCAAUGGGCCUGGGAUGCACACGGUGGGGAAGACUAGAUACAACCAUUGGUUUGAUGGCCUAGCCUUGCUCCACAGCUUCACAAUUAGAGAUGGUGAAGUCUAUUACAGGAGCAAAUACCUGAGAAGUGACACCUACAACGCCAAUAUCGAAGCAAACAGGAUUGUGGUGUCAGAGUUUGGAACAAUGGCCUAUCCAGACCCUUGCAAAAACAUAUUUUCCAAAGCUUUCUCCUACCUGUCCCACACCAUCCCCGAAUUCACAGACAACUGUCUGAUUAACAUCAUGAAGUGCGGAGAAGACUUCUAUGCAACCACAGAGACCAAUUACUUCAGGAAAAUCAACCCACAGACUCUGGAAACUCUGGAAAAGGUUGAUUAUCGCAAAUAUGUGGCUGUGAAUCUGGCAACAGCACACCCCCAUUAUGAUGCGGCUGGAAAUGUUCUCAACAUUGGCACAGCCAUUGUGGACAAGGGAAAGACAAAAUACGUGCUCUUUAAGAUCCCUGCUACAGUACCAGGUGGCCACAAGGAAGGUAGGGACGCUUUGGAACUCACGGAGGUGCUCUGCUCCAUUGCCUCCCGCUCUCUCCUCUCCCCAAGCUAUUACCACAGCUUUGGGAUCACCGAGAGCUACAUCGUUUUUCUCGAGCAGCCUUUCAAUAUGGAUAUUCUCAAGAUGGCGACUGCAUAUAUCCGGGGAACGAGCUGGGCUUCCUGCCUGGCCUUCCACAAGGAGGAAAAGACUUACAUUCAUAUUAUCGACCGAAGGACUGGAAAGCCCGUGCCCACCAAGUUUUACACAGACCCAAUGGUGGUCUUUCAUCAUGUCAAUGCCUACGAAGAGGACAGCUGCCUUCUGUUUGAUGUCAUUGCCUACGAGGACAGCAGCCUCUACGAGAGUUUCUACUUGGCCAACCUGAACCAAAACAUUAAAGAGAACUUCAAGUUCACCUCCAUCCCUACCCUCAGGAGGUUCGCUGUGCCCCUCUGCACAGAUAAGAAUGCAGAAGUGGGUUCAAAUUUAAUCAAACUAGCAUCUACAACAGCAAGAGCCCUGAAGGAAAAUGAUGACCAAGUCUACUGCCAGCCAGAGAUGCUUUAUGAAGGCGUAGAGCUGCCUCGGAUCAAUUAUGCUCACAACGGGAAGCGAUAUCGAUAUGUCUUUGCUGCUAAAGUUGAAUGGAGUCCCAUCCCAACCAAGAUACUAAAAUAUGACAUUCUCACAAAAUCGUCCUUACAAUGGGAAGAAGAUGACUGCUGGCUGGCAGAACCCCUGUUUGUGCCCACGCCAGGUGCUGAAGACGAGGAUGAUGGAAUUAUCUUAUCAGUCGUUAUCUCUUCGGAUCCCCAAAAGCCACCGUUUCUGCUUAUUCUGGAUGCCAAAAGUUUUACAGAACAGGCUCGCGCAUAUGUUGAUGUGGAGGUACACCUGGAUCUCCAUGGGAUGUUCAUCCCAGAUACAGACUUCGACUCAGGGAAGCAGGCCCCUUCCCAGGAAGUCCAGGACAGUGCUUCAGACUGCCAUGUGGUCUCAGAGACAAGACGGGCUUGA